AUGUCGUUUUACGACGUUCUUGCACGAGGCGAUGACGCUCUAGACGAAUCACCUCGUAGAUCUAGAACUUGGAACUUCUUCUCACACAUUACUUGCAAUACCGUUGUUGGGUUAUCGAAAAUUGUUCUCAAUACAUUGUAUAACGUGGAAGUCAAGGGACUUGAGAAUUUGGAUCAGGCCAUGGUUGCUGCCAGGAAGGAAAACCGGGGAAUUUUAACCCUUAUGAACCACAUGUCCACUUGUGAUGAUCCAUUUAUAUGGGCCUGUCUUCCAUGGAGAUACUUUAAAGAUCUUGAUGAUAUCCGCUGGGGAAUGGCAGCAUCAAACGUUUGCUUUACGUCCAAAGUGACAAGCAGGUUUUUUUCGAUGGGCAAGAUCUUGUCGUGCGAAAGAUUCGGAAGAGGUCCUUUUCAACCAGCUCUGGAUGCAUGUGUACGAAUUUUAUCCCCCGAUAAUACUUUAGACAGCGAGCACAUUUUUCACGGUCUCGGACCAUCGACAGAUCUUGCGGCAUCAAUGGCGAAAAACCUUAAAGAGGAAAGAAACCCACUUUCUCCAGAGUAUAAACCACCAGUAUUAAGAAAGAAAACAUCUUUGUUGCAUGUUUUCCCCGAAGGAUUUGUCUGCCAACUUCGGCCACCAUUCAAUAACUCGAUGCGAUUUUUCCGCUGGGGAACUGCAAGGAUGAUUUUAGAACCAACGGUUGCACCUACUAUAGUUCCAAUAUUUUCGGACGGAUUCGAGAAGAUAAAACCAGAGAAAGUAGAGGAAUCAGCCUUUGACUUCUUCACAUUCUAUAACCAGGGAGGAAAAGUAACAGUUAACAUCGGCAAACCAUUAGAUGCUGCAAUAAUAGAUGGGUUCAGAGAUGAGUGGAGAAAGCUUUGUCUUAAAUAUACAAGCCUCCAGGAUUCAAAUAGAAUGUCGGAUGAACUAAAGUUUGGUGAAGAGGCCAAACGGCUAAGAAGCAAAGUCUCUGGCUAUCUUCGAGAACAGGUAUCCAAAUUACGAUUGCAAAACGGGUUUGAUAAAGAGGAUUCCCGAUUUAGCGACGUGAAUUGGUGGGUUAAAUACACAGACACUAAGGGCAAGAGUGAUCCAUCUGUGAAGUUCGUUGGCUUGAAUUGGGCAUGUAGGGAUUACCAGUCAAAUGUGAAGAUUUACGAUGAGAAGGGGAACUUGUUACAGGAAAGAAAGGAUGCCCUUUGUGGUCCAAAGGCCCCAAGGAAGUCGCACUGA